AUGUUUCCGUCUGUACGGCGCGUGGUGGUGGCCUCGUCCACGGCGCCGCCCCGGGCGUCGCCGGCCAGCACGGCCUCGGCAGCAGCAACGGCAGCGGCGGUGGUGGUUGGCGUGUCGCUUGGGCGGUCGACGGGCAGCCGUCGGCCACAGCAGACGCUGCCACAGCGGCGGUACUCGUCGUCCAAACCGUCGAGCCCCGAUAACGGGUCCAAGGCGCUGGCCGGCAGCGUGCCGUCGUCGUCGACCAAAUCGAGCUCCUCGUCAUCCUCCUCCUCGUCCUCCUCGUCCUCCUCGUCCGCCACCGCCUCAUCCUCCUCUUCCUCCUCGUCGGCCUCGUCGUCCUCUACCCCGAAGCGUAAGCGGAAGGCCAAGGAGCCCACCGCCUCUGUUCAGAAGCUGCCAAGCGUCCCGUCGACCCAACAUUUGCCCCUGGAGACCCUUGCUCUCUCCAGCUUCUUCUCCCAACAUCGCCCGAUCUCGAUCACGCAUAGCCUGCCCAAGAUCGUGACCGACGACGCCUUUGCCGCCAUCUUCGCGCCGCGCACCAAGGGAGGCCUGGCCGGCCGGAUGGCGGCGGCAGGGUCGACCGGCAGCAGCAGCGGCAGCCAGACGUCGAAUGUGAUUCGCACGCUGACCCGUGCGGUCAACGACCUCGAGUCGCCCAUGGUCAACGUGUCGCUAGACGACGACGGACGCGGUGGCACGAGCAGCCGGCAGCGGGACAGGACUGUGGAAGAGCAGAUCCGGCAGCGGCAGCGGCAGAUUAUGCAGCAGCAGCAGCAGCAGGCAGCGGCCGAUGCGGCGGCCGAGGCAGCUGACGGGACAGACUCAACGAUCGAGCUCAAGAACGCAGACGGGUCUAGCUCGGGCAUCCACGUGCAGCUCAGCACGCUGUCGGGACGGUUCUUGCCGUUCCAGCCGCCGCCGGCGCCGGUGCCGAUGUCGAUACUGACGAGCGCCGAAGAGGCUGCGGCAACCGAGGCGAUGGAGGCCGAUUUAGACGCUGCAGCAGCAGCCGAUGCAGCAGCCGAGGAGGCCGGUGCUGCUGUCGUGGCUGACGGGCGCAUCUUCAAGGCGGUGCUCAGCUUUGGCGAGCAGCUGGGUGAAGACGGCCAGAUGCACAUGGUGGCCCAGUCGCUGCAGAUUGUGCAGGAAGAGGAUGGCGCGGCCGAGCACAACAACAACAACAACAACAUGUCGACCGUGCCGCGGUCUUUCUUUGAGCGCAUGGCCCUGCGACAGCUCCGGUUCGAGGACGCGCUGCAGCGGCAGCGGGAGGCGCGCCAGGAGCAGCAGCACCGGGAGCAGAAGGACCGCUACGAUGACGCGGGCGAGAAACAGCGGCCGCGCAUGCUGGCCAUCAGCGUCAAGCGGCAGAAGAAGCUCAAGAUGAAGAAGAAGAAGUACAAGAAGCUGAUGAAGCGGACCCGAAACCUGCGACGGAAGCUGGACCGCAACUAG